AAUAACUCAGGUGGACGGGAGUCCAGUUUGUCGCCAUCGGGAUGUUCGGGCCAAGCCUCGAUUAUCGAAGUUGCGAGCAAAAACGCCGAUGAGGAUUACGAUCUGCAACCAUCGAGAGAGCACUGGCGGUCAUUGCCAAUGCUGUAAGAGCAACGAGGCGCAGGCAGCAUUCGCAAGCGCUCUGCCUCAUUUGAUCGAAGCUACAUAGAGCGUAAGCGCUUUCCAUUUGCUCCUUUUCUCAAAUCUUUGUUCUUGCUUCUUUUCUGAGCGUCCCGUCGCUGGGCCAAGCCGUGGGCUUUGCCAAUCGUGGGAAGUUGUCGCAUGCAACAUUGGCAGACGGGUGGCUUUGACUAAUAUUCCGGCUAUAAUUGGCCAACGGAAAAGGUGCUUGAGCGCGCUCUCCUCAGACUAGUACGGCUUUACGACUUUCUGGCGCUUUCGACGUGUAUCAGACUAAAGAGUGCUCUGUGUAGUCCUGCUGAAAGUGCGAGUUGCUGACGUAGCACCGUCAUUGCAAUACUUCCUCUUAACAACGCCUCCCUUCCAUCGAAUACGUUAAGGUAGCCACAAUCUCAGUCUCCUGCUGCGACGACGUUGGGUUUCAUUCCGCCGCGCAAUGCGCAUCUUGAGUUGGAAUCCGGCCAAAAGGCUGGUAUUGUCGUAUGUGUUUGAUUGGAUUGUCAUCUUCGUCAUAGCGGGAAUAGGAGGCGCCUUUGCAGUUAGCACCCCGUAUAAGCGGCCCUUCUCACUUGUCGAUCUCUCCAUUCAGUACCCAUACGUUCGACAUCAGAUCAUUCCUAUCUGGCUACUUGUUGUGGUAGCUUUGGUUGCACCUGCCGUCAUUAUAUUCAUUGUUUGCCUCGCGUUUGUGCCUGGCCCGACGAUAUCGAAGAAAACACCCCGGCCUUUAGUAUGGCGGAGAAAAUUGUGGGAAUGGAACACUAGCUGGAUGGGUCUUGGUCUCAGCCUUGCCCUAGCUUUCAUGUUCACUCAAGGCAUGAAGAACUUAUUUGGCAAGCCCCGCCCCAAUCUUCUUGCUCGCUGCCAGCCCGAUCUCAGCGUUCAGAGUAUCGCGCGAAACGCUCUGGGCGGCUAUGCCACCGGCUUUAAUCGCGAAUGGGUCUUGGUCGGCGCGGGAAUUUGCCAGCAGCAAGACAGUAGCACACUCAACGAUGGGUUUAGAAGCUUUCCCAGCGGCCAUGCAUCUUUCUCUUGGUCUGGCCUGCUCUACUUAGCGUUGUUCCUUGCGUCAAAGUUCGCUAUAGGAAUACCCUUCCUGCCACCCAAGCGCCUGACCACCGAAAGCCCAGCCGAACUUGAUUCGUACCUUGGAUCGGAAGACGAGUUGAAAAAUGGGUCCGCCGAAGCCUCUGGGCGCGCGGCAGUUCGAUCAAACAUUCCGCCACGCAACCAAGCUGCUGCGCCACCGGUAUACUUGCUCGCUCUGCCACUCGUCCCAAUCUGUGCGGCAAUUUAUAUCACGUCAACACGCUACUUCCAGUUCUACCACCACGGCUUCGACAUCAUCGUGGGGUCUUUGAUCGGUGUACUGAGCGCGUACUUUGCCUUCAGAUUCUACCAUCUUCCUAUCAGCCAGGGAGCUGGGUGGUCUUGGGGCGCGAGAAGCAGAGACCGUGCUUUUGCUAUCGGUGUUGGUGUUCCAGGCUAUGUUGGCCCGGAAGGCUGGACUAGCAAGGGAAGGCCAACGACAUCAGCUCGUCGAGCAGAUGAUGUUCGAGAUGCUACCAGCGAGGACAAAGAGCCACGCGGAGAAGAUGCAGUAUGAUACACUAUGCAUUAACACGUCUGGGGGAAUCAGUCAAUUUUCAGCAUAGCGAUUGAGGAGCAAAAACUUGUGAUAGGUGUGUAGGUGCAUUUUAGCGUUGAUUGCUAUGAAGAUUGCAGGACUAAGCAAGAUCCCCUCGUGGAAGAAGUAAUUCGCUAAUAAUUCGAUUUUUCAUUCACAUUUCUAGGCCAAGCCUUGUUGUAUCCUCCCAAAUGGGCAUUCAUCUGCUGUAUAUUCUUUGCUCGUCUCAAUCGUGACAAGCAACUAUGGAAAAAGGAACACUAACAAUGAGCCUUCAAUCCGUCAUGUUCUCAUACCAGGGACAGUAAGAUAGGAUGCUCUCACAUCGGAAACUGGACGUGACAUGGCGCCGAC